UCAUUAAUUAAUUUAACCACCCUUCACCUUGCAUUGGUUAUUGACUGGGCUUGCUGAAUCCAUCAUCUCUCUCGCGUUCAAUUCGCCUCCUCUUUCGUCUUCUCCGAUCCUCUCCUCUCCUCUCCUCUCAAAAUUAAUUUUCUUUCCUUUAAAAAUCAUUACUUUUCCAAAAUCGAACCUGACCGAUUCUUUUCUCUAAGGUUUGCGUGCGGUGGGUAAAUGUGGUGUCUUUAAAAGAAGUGGAAAAUGGAAGAAGAAGAAGAAAACAAGGAGAUCGGAGAAAGUUGUGAUGCUCAGGAAGUAGAUAGUUUUGUAGAGGAAGGUAGGGUAGGAGAAUCUCCUCAGGAGAAUGUAAAUGUGAUUAGUCGUGGUCAAGAGGAGAUAGAAAAUGAAAAUCUGGUUAUGGAUGGGGAUGAUUCUGUAGAUACUGAUGAUGAUGAUCAGUUUGAACUGGUGUCUUUAAAAGAUCAAGAAAAGAGUUUUGGUGAGUUUCCGGCUAAUAAUAACAAUUCUAACCGGUCAUCGAAUUCAGAGAGUGAGAGAUUCUCAUUUGAUAGGUUUGGAGAAAUCUCUCCGAAUUCAUACAGUAAUUAUGGUGUUGAAUAUGAUUCUUCCUCUGUCAUGGAAAUUCAACAUGAUCGCUCUGCAUCGAGCCCUGGGCCUGAGACACAAUUUGGUUAUGCAAUUAAGCAGUCACACUCGUCAACCAGUCUAGAUUCUGGUUACUUUAUUGAUGGAUUUUCUCCAACUGGUUCACCGCAAAAGGUUAAGCCAAAAGCUGCAAUGCCAAAUGUGUCCCCAGAGUUAUUGCAUUUGGUGGAUUCAGCUAUAAUGGGAAAGCCUGAAAGCUUGGACAAGCUGAAGAACAUUGUCAGUGGAGUUGAGAGUUUUGGAAGUGGAGGGGAAGCUGAGGGCAUUGCUUACUUGGUUGUUGAUUCCCUUUUGGCCACAAUGGGUGGAGUUGAAAGUUUUGAGGAUGAGGAUCAUAAUCCUCCUAGUGUGAUGCUGAACUCUAGGGCAGCCAUUGUGGCAGGUGAGCUUAUUCCUUGCCUUCCUUGGGUAGGUGACAGUGAGGUUUUCAUGUCCCCUAGGACACGAAUGGUGAGGGGGUUGCUCGCCAUAUUACGGGCUUGCACAAGAAACAGAGCCAUGUGCUCUAUGGCUGGUUUAUUGGGAGUACUUUUGGGGACCGCAGAGAAAAUCUUUGUUCAGGCUGGUGGGUUAACAGAACAGAUGAAAUGGGACGGGACUCCUUUAUGCUAUUGUCUCCAGUACCUAGCAGGUCAUUCACUUAAUGUUGUUGAUUUGCAUAGAUGGUUGCAAGUAAUUACAAGAACGCUUACUACUUCAUGGGCAUAUCGCUUAAUGCUAGUGUUGGAGAAGGCAAUGGGUGGAAAGGAGUCAAAGGGACCAGCAUCUACUUUCGAGUUUGAUGGUGAAAGCUCAGGUUUACUUGGUCCAGGAGAGAGUCGUUGGCCGUUUACCAAUGGUUAUGCAUUUGCAACAUGGAUUUAUAUCGAAUCAUUUGCAGACACAUUGAACACAGCUACUGCUGCAGCUGCUAUUGCAGCUGCUGCAGCAGCCAAGUCAGGAAAAUCAUCUGCUAUGUCAGCUGCAGCUGCUGCCAGUGCUCUUGCUGGUGAAGGGGCGACCCACAUGCCUAGAUUGUUCAGUUUCUUGUCUGCUGAUAACCAGGGCAUAGAGGCUUACUUUCAUGCUCAGUUUUUGGUUGUUGAAAGUGGUAGCGGAAAGGGAAAGAAGGCAUCUUUGCAUUUCACUCAUGCAUUCAAGCCACAAUGCUGGUACUUUAUUGGUUUGGAGCAUAUUUACAAGCAGGGACUGAUUGGGAAAACAGAGAGUGAACUGAGAUUGUAUAUUGAUGGAUCCUUGUAUGAAACUCGUCCUUUUGAGUUCCCUCGGAUCUCCAAGCCACUAGCAUUUUGCUGCAUUGGGACAAACCCUCCUCCUACAAUGGCUGGUUUACAACGACGUCGUAGGCAGUGUCCUUUGUUUGCUGAGAUGGGGCCUGUUUAUAUCUUUAAGGAGCCAAUUGGUCCUGAAAGGAUGGCACGCUUAGCUUCCAGAGGAGGGGAUGUGCUGCCUUGUUUUGGUAAUGCCGCUGGGCUUCCUUGGCGAGCUACAAAUGACCACGUUCGAGCAAUGGCAGAAGAAAGUUCACUUUUGGAUGCAGAGAUUGGAGGGUCAAUUCACCUUCUCUAUCACCCCAGUUUGCUUAGUGGGCGUUUCUGUCCCGAUGCUUCUCCUUCUGGUGCUGCAGGCAUGCUCCGACGGCCAGCUGAGGUUCUAGGACAAGUCCAUGUUGCUACACGAAUGCGACCAGUGGAGGCUUUGUGGGCGUUGGCUUAUGGAGGCCCCAUUUCCUUACUUCCUCUAGCGGUAAGCAGUGUGCAUAAAGAUAGUCUGGAACCAGAACAAGGAAAUAUUCCCAUAACCUUUGCCACAGCUACUCUGGCUGCUCCAGUAUUCCGAAUAAUUUCCAUAGCUAUUCAACAUCCUGGGAACAAUGAAGAAUUGUGCCGCACUAGAGGGCCUGAGGUUCUCUCAAAAAUCUUAAAUUAUCUUCUCCAAACUUUGUCUUCGUUGGAUGCUGGGAAUUGCAAUGGUGUUGGAGAUGAGGAACUUGUUGCAGCCAUUGUUUCCCUAUGCCAGUCCCAGAAGCAUAAUCAUGCCCUCAAAGUGCAGCUUUUCACUACGCUGUUACUGGAUCUGAGAAUUUGGAGCUUGUGCAACUAUGGAUUGCAAAAGAAGCUUCUGUCCUCACUAGCAGACAUGGUUUUCUCAGAGUCAUUGGUGAUGCGAGAUGCCAAUGCUAUUCAGAUGCUGCUUGAUGGCUGCAGAAGAUGUUAUUGGACAGUUAUCGAGAAGGAUUCUGUGAAUACGUUUUCAUCGAAAGAGGCAACCCAUCCAGUGGGUGAAUUGAAUGCUUUGGUUGAUGAACUCUUAGUGAUCAUAGAACUUCUAAUAGGAGCAGCAUCUGCUGCAGUGGCCACAGAUGACCUCCGUUGUCUGCUUGGGUUCAUGGUUGAUUGCCCUCAACCUAAUCAGGUUGCCAGAGUUUUGAAUCUUAUCUACAGGUUAGUCAUACAACCAAAUACAGCUAGAGCUCGUACGUUUGCAGAGUCAUUCAUAACAUGUGGUGGUAUAGAAACACUUCUUGUUCUGCUUCAGCGAGAAGCAAAAGCUGGUGAACAUAGCAUUCCAGAAUCAGUGGCAAAGAGUGAUGAUAGCUUACAAGUUCAAGAAACUGAACUAGAUAUUGGUAAGGGUACUUCAGAAAGAAGAAUGAAUGAUGAAAAGGAAAAGGACUUGACUUCUCUGGAUCAAGAUUAUGAAUCUGAACGUUUAGAUAGUGGCGGUGGUGGCAGUCCUGCCACCUCUUCCCCUGGCAUGAAAAUUGAAAGGAUGUCAUCUGUUUCUGAAAACCCAUUUAUUAAGAAUUUGGGUGGUAUAAGCCUUUCUAUUAGUGCUGAUAAUGCAAGGAAUAAUGUUUACAAUGUUGAUAAAAGUGAUGGCAUUGUUGUUGCAAUCAUUGGGCUAAUAGGCGCUCUUGUAACUUCUGGUCAUUUCAAGUUUGGUUCACAUGCACCCUCUGAUACUACUAGCACCUUUUUUGGUGGUGGCCUGCAUGAUGGCAGCGGUACAAUGUUUGAUGAUAAAGUUUCUCUACUACUUUUUGCACUACAGAAGGCUUUCCAAGCAGCGCCCAAUAGGCUUAUGACAACCACUGUGUACACAGCUUUAUUGGCAGCCUCGAUUAAUGCUUCUUCAACAGAGGAGGGGCUGAACUUUUAUGAUUCUGGACAUCGCUUUGAACAUUCACAACUUCUGUUGGUUCUGUUGCGGUCUCUGCCUUAUGCAUCUAGAGCCUUGCAAAGCCAAGCAUUGCAGGAUCUUCUGUUUUUGGCUUGCAGUCAUCCAGAAAACAGAAGCAGUCUGACAAAAAUGGAGGAAUGGCCUGAGUGGCUUCUAGAGAUUCUAAUCUCUAAUUAUGAGAUGAGUGCAACCAAAGAUUCUAAUGUGGCUAGCUUAGGAGACAUAGAGGACCUCGUACACAACUUCUUGAUUAUAAUGUUAGAGCACUCAAUGCGCCAGAAGGAUGGUUGGAAGGAUAUUGAAGCUACAAUUCAUUGUGCAGAAUGGCUUUCUAUUGUUGGGGGAUCAAGCACAGGAGACCAACGAGUUAGACGCGAAGAAUCACUGCCUGUAUUUAAAAGAAGACUCUUGGGUGCAUUGCUAGACUUUGCUGCAAGAGAAUUGCAGGUUCAGACUCAAGUAAUUGCAGCUGCAGCUGCUGGUGUUGCAGCUGAGGGUUUGCCACCAAAAGAUGCUAAGGUUGAAGCAGACAACGCUGCUCAGCUUUCGGUGGCUUUGGUUGAAAAUGCUAUUGUGAUUUUAAUGCUUGUUGAAGAUCACUUACGAUUACAAAGCAAACUUUCUUGUGCGUCACGUGUUGCUGAUAGUUCACCAUCUCCGCUUUCUCUUGUAUCUCCCCUCAAUAAUCGCUCAAGUUCCCUUGGUGCGGAUUCAUUUGAAGCCUUGGGUGAUCGCAGAUCUAGUGACUCUGGGGGACUCCCUCUUGAUGUCCUUGCUUCGAUGGCUGAUGCAAAUGGGCAAAUUUCUGCGAGUGUGAUGGAACGUCUUACCGCAGCAGCAGCAGCUGAGCCUUAUGAAUCUGUUUUAUGUGCUUUUGUUUCGUAUGGGAGCUGUAUGAUGGAUUUGGCUGAGGGUUGGAAAUUUAGGAGCAGACUGUGGUAUGGUGUUGGCAUGUCUUCAAAAACAGCUCCCUUUGGUGGUGGUGGAAGUGGAUGGGAAUCUUGGAGGUCUACUUUAGAAAAAGAUGCAAAUGGAAACUGGAUUGAACUUCCUUUGGUUAAAAAGUCAGUUGCCAUGCUUCAAGCUCUGUUAUUAGACGAGUCUGGACUUGGUGGUGGUCUUGGUAUAGGUGGAGGAUCUGGUACUGGAAUGGGUGGAAUGGCGGCACUAUAUCAGCUAUUGGAUAGCGACCAACCAUUUCUAUGCAUGCUCCGUAUGGUGCUUCUGUCUAUGAGAGAGGAGGACAAUGGGGAGACCAGUUUGCUCAUGAGAAAUGUAAGCAUGGACGAUGGGAUGUCAGAAGGAUUUGACCGACAAGCUGGCAACAUCAUGUGUUUAGAAAACAGUGCUCGAAUGCCUAUGAGACAACCACGAUCAGCUUUGCUGUGGAGUGUGCUUUCACCUGUUCUGAACAUGCCAAUUUCUGAUUCAAAACGACAGAGAGUGUUGGUUGCGUCUUGUGUUCUUUACUCUGAGGUAUGGCAUGCUGUUGGCAGAGACAGGAAACCCCUCCGUAAACAGUACCUUGAGGGUAUCUUACCACCAUUUGUUGCUGUAUUGAGGAGGUGGCGGCCCCUUCUUGCUGGAAUUCAUGAGCUUGCAACUGCUGAUGGUUUAAAUCCUCUUGUUGUUGAUGAUCGUGCAUUAGCUGCUGAUGCACUACAAAUAGAGGCUGCUCUCUGCAUGAUUUCUCCCGCUUGGGCAGCUGCUUUUGCAUCACCACCAGCUGCAAUGGCAUUGGCAAUGAUUGCUGCUGGUGCUGCAGGUGGAGAAACCCCUGCUCCUGCAACAACUACACAUCUUAGGCGUGACUCUUCCUUGCUGGAGCGAAAAACUGCUAGAUUACAUACCUUCUCAAGCUUUCAAAAGCCUUUGGAAGUGCCUAACAAAACACCAGCUCAUCCUAAGGAUAAGGCUGCUGCAAAAGCUGCUGCGUUGGCAGCUGCGCGUGAUCUUCAACGUAAUGCUAAGAUUGGUUCUGGACGGGGCCUUAGUGCUGUUGCAAUGGCCACGUCUGCACAGAGAAGAAAUGCUAGUGAUAUGGAGCGUGUUAGGAGAUGGAAUAUUGCUGAAGCCAUGGGAGUUGCAUGGAUGGAAUGCUUACAACCAGCUGACACAAGAUCAGUCUAUGGGAAAGAUUUCAAUGCUCUAUCCUAUAAAUUUAUUGCAGUCCUUGUUGCUAGCUUUGCUUUAGCAAGAAACAUGCAACGAUUAGAGGUUGACAGGCGUGCUCAAGUUGAUGUUAUAUCUCGUCAUCGUUUAUCCAGUGGAAUUCAUGCUUGGCGCAGACUUAUACAUUGCUUGAUAGAGAUGAAGAGUCUUUUCGGGCCCUUUGGGGACUCCUUGUGCAAUCCUGAACGUGUUUUCUGGAAGCUAGAUUUUAUGGAAACUUCUUCAAGAAUGAGAAGAUGUUUGAGGAGGAAUUAUAAAGGGUCUGAUCAUUUUGGUGCUGCUGCUAAUUAUGAGGAUCAAAUUGAGAUAAAGCAUGAUAAAGGAAAUGUUCCUGUUCUGGCAGCAGAAGCAAUCUCAGUGGAGGGACUAAAUGAAGAUGGGGAACGUACAGAAAUUGAGAAUUUUGAUGGUAGAUCCUUUGAUACUGAGCAGAGUGGGGAGAGUCAGCUGAGCCUGUCUGGAGCAACUGAUCAAAAUAUGCAGCCUCCAGCUGAACCUAAUGACAUUCAGCUUGCCAGGGACCAAGACUUGGAAAAUGCAUCUGCAGUUGCACCAGGUUAUGUACCCAGUGAACUUGAUGAAAGAAUCAUUCUUGAACUUCCUUCAUCUAUGGUCCGGCCGCUGACAGUUAUGCGAGGAACAUUUCAAGUAACUACUAGGAGAAUAAACUUUAUAGUUAAUACCACUGAGAGCAAUGCUGAUGGAAUGGAAUCUUCUGAAUCGGGAGUCCAAGAAAAGGAUCACAGUUGGCUGAUGUCUUCCCUCCAUCAGAUUUAUAGCCGGCGGUAUUUGCUAAGAAGAAGUGCUCUGGAAUUGUUUAUGAUUGACCGAUCGAACUUCUUCUUUGAUUUCGGGAGUACUGAGGCACGGAGAAAUGCUUACCGAGCUAUAGUUCAAUCAAGACCUCCUCAUUUGAACAAUAUUUAUCUGGCUACUCAGAGACCUGAGCAACUUCUGAAGAGAACUCAACUUAUGGAACGUUGGGCAAGGUGGGAGAUUAGCAACUUUGAGUAUCUAAUGCAACUCAAUACUCUGGCUGGGCGUAGUUAUAAUGACAUCACUCAGUAUCCAGUUUUUCCAUGGGUUCUUUCCGAUUACAGUUCAAAAAGUUUGGAUCUUUCUGAUGCUUCUUCUUAUCGAGAUCUUUCAAAGCCUGUUGGUGCUUUGAAUCCUGAUCGGCUGAAAAAGUUCCAGGAGAGAUAUUCUAGCUUUGAUGAUCCAGUCAUUCCAAAAUUCCAUUAUGGUUCUCAUUACUCAAGUGCAGGGACAGUUUUAUAUUAUCUUGUUAGAGUUGAACCGUUUACAACGCUUUCAAUUCAAUUGCAAGGUGGAAAAUUCGAUCAUGCAGAUCGGAUGUUUUCAGAUAUUGCUGCUACCUGGAAUGGAGUUACUGAAGACAUGAGUGAUGUGAAGGAAUUGGUUCCUGAGCUGUUUUAUCUUCCCGAGAUCUUAACCAAUGAAAAUUCAAUCGACUUUGGUACAACACAGUUGGGUGGAAAGCUUGAUUCUGUGAAACUUCCUCCUUGGGCUGAAAAUACUACUGAUUUUAUUCAUAAGCAUCAGAUGGCUCUUGAAAGUGAGCAUGUAUCUGCACAUUUGCAUGAAUGGAUUGAUCUCAUAUUCGGCUUUAAGCAACGUGGUAAAGAAGCUAUAGCUGCAAACAAUGUUUUCUUUUACAUCACCUAUGAAGGGGCGGUUGAUAUUGACAAGAUUUCAGAUCCAGCACAACAACAUGCCACACAAGACCAGAUUGCAUACUUUGGACAGACUCCAUCCCAACUUCUGACUGCUCCUCACUUGAAGAGGAUGCCCUUAGCUGAUGUUCUUCACUUGCAGACUAUCUUCAGGAACCCAAAAGAAGUCAAACCAUAUGCUGUUCCAGCCCCAGAACGCUGCAAUCUACCUGCAGCUUCCAUUCAUGCAUCUUCAGAUGCUGUCAUAAUUGUUGAUAUAAAUGCACCAGCAGCACAUAUUGCCCAGCACAAGUGGCAACCCAACACGCCAGAUGGCCAAGGCACACCUUUCCUCUUCCAACAUGGAAAGGCCUUAACAAGCUCUGCUGGUGGAACAUUCAUGCGAAUGUUUAAAGGGCAGUCUGUGUCUGGUGGAGAUGAGUGGCAUUUUCCCCAAGCACUUGCAUUUGCUUCAUCUGGGAUUAGAAGCAAAGCGGUGGUUUCCAUCACUCAUGACAAAGAAAUAAUUACUGGUGGACAUGCAGAUAAUAGUAUCAAGCUAAUAUCAGCAGAUAGUGCAAAAACCCUAGAAACUGCCAUUGCACAUUGUGCUCCAGUCACUUGCCUUGCUCUUUCUCCAGAUGGCAACUAUCUUGUCACGGGAUCACGGGACACUACUGUACUACUCUGGAAGAUGCAUAGAGCUUUCACUUCGAGCUCAAGUAGUAUCUCAGAUCCUUCCACAGGCACCGGAACCCCACCUGCAGCCGGUAGCACUCUAGCAACUAACCUGGCAGAAAAAAGUAGGUGGCGUCGUAUUGAGGGUCCGAUACAUGUCCUUCGUGGUCACCACAGAGAAAUACUGUGUUGUUGUGUCAGUUCAGAUCUUGGGAUCGUUGUUUCUUGCUCCCAAUCAUCAGAUGUGCUGUUGCAUUCUAUAAGAAGGGGUCGUUUGAUCAGAAGGCUGUUUGGUGUGGAGGCCCAUUCUGUUUUUCUUUCAUCCGAGGGGGUUGUAAUGACUUGGAACAAAUGUCAAAAUUCUCUAAACACCUAUACUCUUAACGGGAUACUAAUUGCUAGAGCACAACUUCCUUUAUCUGGCAGUGUUAGUUGCAUUGAAAUAUCUGUGGAUGGGAAGUGUGCUUUGAUUGGCAUGAACUCAUGUCCAGAAAAUCAUGGAUCCUCUAAUAACAGCCAAAACUUAAGCUUAAAAAAGACAGGGGCUGCAGAUUUUGAUCUAGAAUCAGUGGACACUGGUGAAGAUAACAGAUUAGAUGUUCCUGCCCCGUCGAUUUGUUUCCUGGAUCUCUAUACACUAAAGGUAUUUCAUGUUCUGAAACUUGGAGAAGGCCAGGAUAUUACUGCUCUGGCUUUAAACAAUGAUAGCACAAAUCUCGUGGUAUCAACUGCAGAUAAGCAGUUGAUAAUCUUCACUGAUCCUGCUUUGAGCUUGAAAGUGGUCGAUCAGAUGCUCAAGCUUGGUUGGGAAGGCGACGGACUGAGCCCACUUAUAAAAUCGUAGCGUUUAGGCCUCUGAAAUUUUUUAUUUAGUUGAAUACAGAAAAUACGAUAUCCUGCUUUAAUGUCACUAAUGUAUACGAGGGUAUGCUUGCUGCCCUAGAUCAGAUAUGAAGUUGAUUUACAGUCCGCGGCUGUCCUGUGGGUGUAACAUGUAUUUGACCAGCGGAACAACUCUCUAUGUCCUGAGCCUGAUUCCACAGAGUGUUUACAGCAUUUUUUGAUUCUUUGUUGGGUUGUAGUUUGUUGUCUUGGACGAGUUAUUAUUCCCUCAAGGCAUGAGUUCAUUUUUGGCCAUCAUUUUUUCUCAUGAUUUUGUAAAUGAAAUAUGACAGCAUUCCAUCUCGUAUCUUUGUACAUGUAUCAACUCAAUUUACUUCGUCAAAAUUGAAUAUAGAUAGUUGAAGGUUCUGGUUAAAAAGUAUGAAAAUAGUUAGAUGGCAGUGUUCCAAAAAUAUUUUGCCUAACAUUGUAAAUGCUGUUUGUAACUAGUGAGACCUGAAUAACUGUUGACAAGCUUGUUCUUUCCCUCAAAGAUUUUUCUGCUCGUUGAAUAUUUAA